GCAACUGUGGCACUCUGGGAGAUCCUCCAGCUGAACUGGUGCCCAGGUGGCGUGAAGAACAAUCUCCCCCGCCUCCUUCUGACUCUGCUCUUCCAAGUUUUCAUCAGCACAGAGGAGAUGUCAGAGGAGGUCGAGACCUUCUGGGGGCGAUGCCGGGAGCAGCGCAGCCUUCCCCCCAACCCCAACAGGUUUGCAGUGCAGACCGUGAAAGCCCUGCUGCGCCGGCUGCUGGAUGAGGACGUGUUGAUGGUGAUCCAUCGCAAGUGUGGCUGGGACAUGCUCCUCAAGGCUGACACCCACCACUAUGCAGUGGGUCUGCUGGCCAGGGAGCUGUGCCAUGUCUCCCGCUCCUUCUGCCGCAGCAUCGCCAUCAGCCUGCUCCCGCGGCUCAGCAGGGAAGAGCCCCUGUGGGAACUGCCUGCCCUGGCGUUCCUGGUGGAGGUGCUGCACUGCCUGAACCCCAGACAAUGUGGGCUCAGCGUCCUGCAGAUUAUUUCAAGGCGCCUGCGCAGGGAGUGCCCCGAGAGGCGUCACCUGGCACUCCGAGGCCUGGUGGUGAUCAGCAAGGCUCCCGCACUGGCUAAGAGCAUCUGGAGCCUGAAUGAAAGCCUCCUGGAGCUACUGCAGGAUGCAGACAGAGACGUGGUUCAGAUGACCCUCUCUGCGUUCAUCAACGUGCUCCACUUGAAGACCAUCCAAAUAUCCAGCCCCACUGCCCUGAAGUUGCUUGAGGCGCUGCGGCUCUGUGUCCCUCAUCGUGGGCACUGA